CGCCGUGCGUCACGUGAGACAAGUUUAGGCAGUUCAUUGAUAGAGUUGGAGUAAGCAAGGUGUGCGUGAUGCGAAUUUAUAUAUUUCUGUUAAUCCUGGCGGCGAUAGCCAGCCACGACGCGGGUGAUUGCGCGCGUAUCCUCGGCCUCUUCCCGCACAUCGGCAAGAGCCACUUCAUGGUCUUUGAACCUCUGCUACGUGCGCUCGCUGAACGCGGUCAUCAUGUCACUACUGUCUCCUUCUUCCCACUCAAGAAUCCACCAGCGAAUUACACGGACGUGGUGCUUGAAGGUGCCGUACAAGAUGGACUAAGCUCUAUGGACUUAUCCAUGUUCGAAGUAUCUAAUCCGCUCAUGAAAGUACCUCUUUUGAAUACAAUACUAAAGAACAUAUUCGAAAUGGGAAUGACCGCUCCAUUAGCAGUGUCAACAUGUGAAAGUAUUAUACGUCAGUCGUCUGUGAUAGAAGCCUUAAAGCAAAAGUACGAUGUGCUAAUAGUAGAACAGUUCAACAGUGAUUGCAUGCUAGGGCUAACUCAUGUUUUUGGUAUCGAAGCUCCCAUUGUGGGCAUUUCAUCAUGUGGUAUAAUGCCAUGGACGUACGCCAGAAUCGGUUUACAUGAUAAUCCCUCUUAUAUUCCUAUGUUAACGACACCAUAUACAAGUAAAAUGACGUUCAUACAACGACUUGAUUCGUUUAUUUCGAAAUUAUACGUAAAUGAUUUGUACCAUAUAAUACAAAAGAAAGAGCGUGCUAUUAUUGAAAAGCACUUCCGUGUAGAGAUCCCUGACUUGGAUGAAAUAGGUAAAAAUAAAAUGUCAGUGUUUCUGGUGAAUACUUUUCAUACGCUUAACGGAGUUCGACCCACAUUACCAGCUGUUAUAGAAGUUGGGGGAAUGCAUCUUGAUCAUUCAACAAAAGUACUGCCAUCGUAUAUCGAAAAGUUCCUGAACGAAUCAGAACAUGGAGUGAUUCUGUUGAGUUUCGGUUCCCUGAUCAAGACGUCCACCAUUCCUAAGUACAAAGAGGACAUGAUAGUGAACGCGCUGGGCAAGCUGAAGCAACGGGUCAUCUGGAAGUUCGAGGGGAGCGGGGAGGAGGGCACACUCACCGGCAACAUUCUCAGAGUCAAAUGGCUGCCUCAAUACGAAUUACUAAAACACAAGAAGAUAGUUGCGUUCAUAACACAUAGUGGCCUGCUGGGUAUGACGGAGGCGGUCUCUGCCGGCAAGCCAAUGGUGGCGGUGCCUUUCUUCGGGGACCAGCCUGCUAACGCUGCGGCGGCCGCUGAAGCCGGGUUCGCUACCAUCGUACCCUACGUUGAUAUUACUGAAGAAAGGCUUACCAAAGCAUUACAAUUUGUACUUAGCCCUGAAACUCAAUUGAAUGCGCGUCGCGUUUCGAGUAUUUGGCGCGACAGACAAGCAGACCCGCUAGAGACAGCGGUGUACUGGACUGAGAGAGUGAUACGCUGGGGUCACCAUGCGCAGCUACAUUCGCCCGCAAGAGAUAUGCCUUUGUAUCAAAUCGCCUUACUAGACGUCAUCGCCACAUUAGCUGUCGCCAUUUUCAUUUUCUUGGCGAUAUUGUGGUACAUGUUGUCUAAAGUCUUUCGACUUUUGUUUGGUCGAGAAAGUAAAUUAAAAAUGCAGUAGCUAUAUAAUAAAAUAAGGGUCAGAGAUCGGUUAAUUAGGCUACUCAAUCGAUUAAUGUUGUUGUUAUCAUUUAAGCGAUAUGUGUUCAAGGUUUUAUGUAUAAGCAUGAUUGAAUAAUAUUUUUAAUGUCAUCGUGUUAUUCAUUAUCAUAAUUACCCAAUUUAUGCUGAGAUUUACCAAUAAAAGUGGCGGAUUCACCGUUAAUCUACACCUACGUAAUAGUACACCUAGGGCAGCCAAGGCUGCAAGACUGGUGAGGUAACAGACGCGGACUUUGUCUUGGACCUAGUAUCAGUACUUUAAUUAUUUCACCGAUUAAGCCGGCCUAUUAAAAAAAGAUGUCUGCCAAUUAUUGUAAUUUACACAAACUUACGUAAAUGGGUAAAGCUUUAAUCAGGUUCUGCCAUAGCAGGCUAAAGGUUAAAAAUGGAAUAACCCAUAGUUGGUAUGAGGAUUACUCUAUUUUAUGGUAUAGAAAUAAUACAAAAAUAAACACGCUUAACAAAUAAGUCUUUAAUUAAAAUUGCGUAAAAUAAAUAAAGAUAUAAUCCAAUCAAAUCAUUAAAAAAGUAAUUUUGUAACACUCGCGACAAAUACAGAUGUGCCUGAAAUUAGUCGCAUAUAAACGCAUUAGACGACAGAGCAAGACAAAUGUAUACAAGAUGUACUGUGGAAGCGAGAUAGAAGAUAGCAUUGCUUCUACUUCUAACUUCAGACUCAACAAUAUUCAUGUCGAGUACUAUAUACGAAUCAAUACAUGAGCUUGUCACAAGUCACAAUAUGGGGAAUAUUCAUGUAAAUUUAUAGAAACAGUGUAGUCAUAAACUUUGAUUAUAAAGUAAUGCGGUGUCUAGGACAACUACUACAGGCUAUUUGAUUUAAUAAAGCUGAAUAUUAAAAAA